AUAAUCAAACGGUGUGUCGUUGAUGAGAAGUAUACGAGAAUGAUUCAACGGUCUGCCGUUGUCUAGCCGAAAGCAGAAAGGACAUUUCCCAUCCACCGUGGGUUUCUGGGGACCCUUCCCAAAGCCAAGCAAGAAGAAAAGAGAAACAAAAACAAAAACCAUAGCAGAAGAAGAAGAAGAAACGCAAAGCAGAAGCUCUUCACUGCUGAUAUCUGAGUAUCGUGGCUAAAUAGUUACCUACAGGUUUUUUCAUGUAAUGGCAAUUUUGAUCAAGUUGCCUUACUAUCAAAGAAAUGCUAUACUUCUAUCUCCAAAGCAAGCUGUAAGAUCGAGAGUUGCAUCAUGCUUUCAUCAAACUACUGCAUUGGGCCAGAAACUCCAUUCCAAGUGUAGUUACUUUCAUGUAGGCCAACCAUCUUUGGUCAAUAAUUUCAAGAGGAUGACUUGGUCUAUUAGGAGCAAUGUGGAUAGCGGCGGAUUUGAUCCUUCUUCCACAAAUAGCCCAAAUGGCAGAACCCGUUUAAUAAGGGCCAUACGAGCUAUUCAAACCAAGGUAGGUGCGAGAAUUCAGGAGAUAAGGAAAGAUCUUCCAAUGAAAUUAUUCUUUUUCUUGGUAGGGUUUUACUGUGCAACUGCCUUUGCUACUGUUAUUGGGCAAACAGGUGACUGGGACAUUCUAUCUGCUGCCUUGGCUGUGUUUGUUGUUGAGGGCAUCGGGGCUCUAAUGUAUAGAACUUCUCUUCCUUUAGUGAGCAAGAUUAGGAGCCUGAUCACCAUGUUUAACUAUUGGAAGACUGGGCUUUCACUAGGUCUCUUCUUGGAUUCAUUUAAAUAUGGGAUGGAUGACAUUUUUGGAUCAAGUGACCCCUUCACUUUUGAAAUAGAUUUGUUCCACAUAAUUUUCUAGCACACUGCCCUUCGAAUGCUGUCGACUGUUGUAUUUUCUAGCCAAGCCUGGUGAAGUGAUUGGAAAGCAUGAGUCAGGACACGACUGCACCUGUGGGAGCAUCAUCACAAGUUGAAAGCCUUACAAAGAAAAAUGAGGAUCAUAUUGCUCAUGGGUUGAGGCAGGAAGUUUAGACCUGAUGACAUUGAAUGUAACUAUAGAUAUGGCCUUGGAUAGCUGUAAUGGGGGAAUAAAGAUCAUGCAACCAAUCUGUGAUGGACUGAACAAACUUUAGUUUAUGCUAAGUCUGCUCCCUUUGCUAGCCUUUUACGUUCAGUUCUGUCGCAUUGUUUCCUGAAAGUAAGAUACUUUGCUUGGCAUCAGGGGACUUCUACCAGCUACAUGUGUCCAUCCUGCAGGGGCAUUGAGCCAAGAGAAUGAGAUGAUUCUCACAUUGCUUUGUUUAAACAUGAUUCAUCUUUCACAAGACCAUUUGAUUGGUUUCCUGGAAAAAUAGUAAGUUUCUAAAAUGGAUCGAGCUAUGCCUGCCCAGUCAACGAUGUCAAGCUCAAGAUUGACAAUAUCCGCCACGUACUGGAAGCGCCAUAGAUAGUUCGACAUGAGCUAAGUCGGCAAAUUCAGUUUUCCUGGUUUUGAUUGCAGGGUCUGGCAUUUGGUUGCUACACUUGCCCAUAGUUGGAAGGCGUUUUUGUUCAUUUCAAUCUUCAAAGAAGAGCAGAUGUUGUUUGCUAAGGUGAGCCCAGUAGAGAUUGGAGCUUUCCUUACCAUUGGUGACAUCUAAAACAUCUGAAAGUCAAGAAUCAAGGCCACCUCCCAGAAAUCUUAGAAUUGAUGUCUUUUAUAAUUCUUCCUCUUUAAAUGGUUAUUGUCCUUUUUAACAAAUAAACUUAUCAAAAGCUUGUUUUUGAUUUAGUAAUGUAAUUUAGUUGUAUUGAUUCUUGGUAUUAGGUUCCAUGACAUGGUUUGAUUGCUGAUGCUGUUAAGGACCACUUCAUUUAAACUGCAAUUUUCUCCUUGA